AUGGGAGCAGAUAAUACAGAAGAAGAAAAUGAUAAUGAUAUGAAAAUAGAGGCAGCUAUUGAAGUAGGAUCUAGAGAAGCAUUAAGAGCAAUAUUUAAAGCAGCAACAGAAACAAUUAUAGCA